CUCGCCACCCAAUCGCACGCAGUCCUAGGGUUUUCUCGCCCUACUGCGGAAAAACCAAAAAAUUCCCAGCAAACCGUGCCUUUGACCCUCCGGAUUACGAACUGUACCCAGAGUCCGUGAUCACGUCUCUAAGUCGGUACGUGCCUCCCUGCUGCCCCCCCGCCUUCACCACGUCGAGAUAUUUCGAUUUCCGACUCCUCCUUUGAAACUGUCCCCCAAACUGACAUUUUCAACCAAAAGCCAAUAUGUCUGGAGGAAAGCCCCGUGGUCUUAACGCGGCCCGCAAGCUGCGCAACAACCGUCGCGAGCAGCGUUGGUCCGAUCUUCACUACAAGAAGAGGGCUCUCGGCACUGCCUUCAAGUCCAGCCCCUUCGGUGGUUCUUCCCACGCUAAGGGCAUUGUGCUCGAGAAGGUCGGCGUUGAGGCCAAGCAGCCUAACUCCGCUAUCCGCAAGUGUGUCCGUGUCCAGCUCAUCAAGAACGGCAAGAAGGUCACCGCUUUCGUCCCCAACGAUGGUUGCUUGAACUUCGUUGACGAGAACGACGAGGUUCUCCUCGCCGGUUUCGGUCGCAAGGGCAAGGCCAAGGGUGAUAUUCCCGGUGUCCGCUUCAAGGUCGUCAAGGUCUCUGGUGUCGGUCUCCUCGCCCUCUGGAAGGAGAAGAAGGAGAAGCCCCGCUCUUAA